AGGUAGCCGGUGGGAGAUUUGGCUGGCUUCACCAACCUGUGUAGUGCACACAGAAAAAACACCCAUGGGGCUGGCUUUUGAGCCCUGGCUAUGUUCUUAAGAGGGACAUGGACAUCUUACAAGAUGGGUGACAGUUAAAGGUGUAGAGGGAUGGUGAUGAUUCAUUGAAGAAUCUAGUCGUUGGACAGCUGGCAGCUCCAAGAGCUUUUCUUCUGCAGCUGUUAUCAGACAAAUGCUGCACAAAUUUAAAAUACUAGCUUUAAUGUGAAGCAUUUCUGGCCUUCCUGCAACCAUUCCACUGCACCAGCAAAUUCUCAGAAGUUGCCUACCUGCUCUACAGUUGCCCAAGUGCUUUCCUUUUGCAUAAAAAAGGCUUUUCCCUCAGCUUCUGUACAGCUUUCUCUCACUUCAGAGAGGAUCUGUCCCCAGAUGAUGCGGACAGAAAUAAGAGGCCGAAGUGCCUCCCCUCACAGGAUUACUUACAAAUCUGACUUCCAUGCUAUCAAAUGCUCAUUCGACACUGGGGCUUGUCUACGGUCAGGGACCAAAGCAGCUACUGUCACAAAGCAGUCUGCUGUGCAACCAAAAAAACUGUUAUCCUGCCUUUCAGAUCCCAUUAUGUCCCACACCAGCAGAAGUAGCAGCACAGACAGCAGAGGAAGGAUCCAAAGCACCAGAGGGACCAAGAUCAGAGAUAAUAUAUUCCUUCAAAUGGAUAGCCAGCAAUCAAGACAAGAUGGUGCUCCAGCCAUGGGCGCUUGCGCUACACCUCUCCUUCCUCCCUCAGAUCCUAGUGUUCAACCCCAAACUUCUCCUUUCCCUCGAUCUAGACAUUCUGUCAUUAGUUCCUCAUCUGUUAUGAGCAGUCUGACCAGCAUUUCCACACCAGAAACACCUCUGCAAGAAAGACCCUCCAGAGCCGAGGACAAAGUAAAUGUCGACAGAGCUGCCCUGGCUCAAAAGUUCUCGGUAACCAGAAGUUUGUUUGAAAACAAGAUGAUGGAGAGUGGAGGUACUAACAGGCAGGUUUCAAAACCCAUAACUGUUAGGGGGAGCAAAGGGGCUCCAGAUGAGAUAGAGGAAGUAGAAAAAGGGGAGGAGACAAGCGGAAAAAGGAAGCACACUGAAGGGGAUGGGUUAGAUAAAGACAAAUCCAUAAACCGCAUGAUGGAUGUUUCCUCGUUGGAGCCUCAUGUAGGCACACUGACAAGGUGCUCUAAAUCUCCAGCACUGGAUUGCCCCAGGGAGAUGCCUAACAAAUCUACUUCAUCUCAUGACAACCAUGAUAAAACCACAGUGUCACAAACAGACAAAGACAUGGGCGAAAAAUCAAUCGUUAACCCUUGCUCAACUCCUGAGGCAACACUUAGGGCAGAAAUAGUUAGCAUCAAGAAUGAGUCCUCAGAAAGUGAUGAAAAUGAAGAGGAGAGGGUGUGGAAGGACAGCAAGUACUGGCUUAAAAGUGAUAAGCAUCAAUACAAAGCUGCUGAGGAAAGUGAAGAUACUCUAGAGGAUGAUGUCUUUGAGGAGACAACUGUCGAAACGGCAUCUGUACCUGUUUGUCCCCUGGGAAACUAUUUGAACUUAAAAGCAGAGGAAGAUGGGUCAGUCACUUCCACAGAGCACCAGAAGGAGCUUUCAGAAGACAAGCUAUGCAGAACGAUAAUUCAGGAUGGUGGGGAACGUAGCAGAGACAAGCACCAGCAUGUGAAAGAACAAUGGGAGGGUAAAAAGGAGGAGCAGUACAGGCAAUUCACUGCUCAAGCUGAGAAGUCAACAGAAGAAAAAUUCAACGGGAAAACAGACACUGGUCCGCAAGAAAGUGUUGGAGUGGCAGAGAGCGUUAUGAUGCAAGGUGAGGGAAAGACUGAAAGUGAAGGAGAAUCCAGCGAAAGUCAAUGGAAGGGAAGAACAGAGGAGAGAGGUAUGGAAAAGGAAGGGACAACAUAUUUGCUGAAAGAAGAGCGCAGACCUGAGGAGGUCAAACAUGUGGCAUGUGGAAUAGAUAAAGGAAAGGGUGAUGUAGAAGAAGCUGCAGUUAUCCGUGGGAUUGAAAACAAGGCUUUUGUGUAUGAUCAGGAAUCUCAGUCAAAUUUGGAAAUCUCAGCAUCCCUAAGACAGACACAGGAGAGCUCUAUGCAUGGAGACAACCAGCUUGUUUAUGAGGAAAUUCCUGGUGUUCCAGACCUGGACCUUCAGGAGGAUGAAGAAGCCCUUGAGGCUGCAAAGAGGAAGGUCAGCUUCUCCACAGCACCAAUAAAGGUGUACAGUACCUAUUCUAAUGCAGAAUAUGACCGUCACAACGAAGACAUCGACCCAGUGUCCGCCUCAGCAGAGUUUGAGCUGGAAAAGAGGGUGGACAGGAUGGAUGUGAUUGCUGUUGAAAUAAAAAAGGCUGAGGAUGGACUUGGAAUCAGUAUAAUUGGAAUGGGUGUUGGAGCUGAUCAGGGACUGGAAAAACUGGGAAUCUUUGUCAAGACCAUCACUGAAGGAGGGGCAACACAUAGGGAUGGACGGAUUCAAGUAAAUGACCAGAUAGUGGAGGUGGAUGGUGUGAGUCUGGUUGGAGUGUCUCAGCUAUUUGCUGCUACAGUCCUUAAGAAUACAUCAGGCCUUGUCAAGUUUUUGAUUGGUCGAGAGAAAGAGGGCGUCGAGAGUGAGGUGGCACGGCUGAUCAACGAGAGUCUGGAAAUGGAUAAAACAAAAACCAGAAACAGAGAAAGCAGAAGCAGUGUGGACGAGGACAAUGAGGAUAACAUGUCAGAGAGGGGUUCAGUCACUGAAGAAGAAAAAGAGGAGGAGGGGGAAGAGGAGGAGGAGGAUGUGUCUCUUUUGUCCAAUCUGGACGGCUACCAGCUCUGUCUCAAAUACCAGCAGCUUCAGUCAAAACUACGGAGCAAAACAACCCAACUUCAACAUACAAAGGUGAAGUUAAAGGCUUUGGAGGAGCAGCAGGCCUGUUGGGAGAGCCAGAGAGCUGAGUUGGAGCAGAGAGCAGAGGAUGGAGAGGAGAAAGCUGACAAAGUAGAGAAAUACUGGCAGGAAGCCCAGACAUUGUGCAGAGUUGUGAGCCAGCGUCUAGCUGAUGCCCAGAGCCAAACAGAAAGCCUGGAGAUCAAAUACAGCAAGGCCAAGAGACUGGUCAGAGAAUACCAGAGCAGAGAAGAGGAGAGGGAGAAAAGAGAAGCAGAUUUGAGGAGAGAAAUGGAGGAGAGAGAAAAACAACACAGAGAAAUUCUUGAAAGACUGCAAAUCCAGCGAAAAGAGUCCGAUCCAGAGGGAAAGAAUCCAUCUGCAGACUCCUCAGUCACAGACUGGUAUAUUCCAGUGCCUGAUACAGGACGACUAGACUCGAGUGCUCAUAUAGCUAGAGCUCAGCUGGCUCAAAAGUCUAAGCGGAAUCCACCUUCGCGGGACAAACUCCGAGAGAGCUUCAGAAAACAGGUAAGACAUGUUAGAAAAGACAGAGACAUUGAACUUGCCAUUUCCAUCCUGCCCUCAUGUCUUGUGUUGCAGCAGGAAGAAGCUGCUGCCUUAAAACCCCUGGAGAGCCGAUCGCUGCCUGUUAUCACAGCAGCCCAGAACAGCAGAAGUGACCUGUCCAGCACUACUUCGUUCUUUGCCCUCAGUCCACAACCUCCCACUUGCUCCCUCCUCACGCCUUCCAUUUUCAUCACAGACAUCAUCACACCCUCGCCAUGCAAAUCCUCAGCAUCCCGAAAAUCUAAACGGAAGUUUCCUGACUUCAGUGGCCUCCGCAAGUCUCUCAGUAAGAAGAGGAGUGAGAAACGGAGCAGAAGUUCAAUGAGCAGCAGGGGAUCAUGUGGCGACUUGGUAGACGAGCCCACAGAAGUGUCUCCAUCGGGCUCAGUCACCUCUAUGCCCUCCUGCCUGCCCUUUCCCUGGUUUGGAGAGAGGGGGAGAGAAAAAGAAGAGGAAGGGAAGAGUGGCCGGGAGAGGUUGCGCUCUGUGUCCAGCAGCAGUUUGCCUUACCUAACCACAACUGGCAGAAGAGCUCAGAGUAUUGGCUCUCCGGUGAGAAGCACCAUCAUGGUGGGCCAUGUCUCUGAUCACUCCCUUUCUGGGCACUCUCAUUCUUGUACAUUUUCUUCCACUGAGACUCUGGACGAUUACCCUGCUCCCAACAAUAAUAACGAUUUGUGGCAAAGUCGACCGGUCUCGGAAUGGAACAACCAGCAGGUGUGUCUGUGGUUAAGCGCCAUGAACAUGGAUCAGUACAUAUCAGAGUUUGCUGCCAAAGGAAUAAAUGGGACACAGCUGCUCAGCAUGGACAGUCAGAAGCUCAAGGCCCUUGGUGUGACCAGUCAAAGUGACCGAUCUGCCCUGAAAAAGAAGCUGAGGGACAUGAAAAGAGAGGAGAAAAAACAAGGGAAACUAAAUGCAGAAAAGGAAGGCGAAGGUAAAGACAAGGCCAAAAUAAUCACGGAGGAAAAUUCUGUAAUGGACAUAGCACGCAGUGGCAGAACCAUACGAACUGAAUCGCUCUUAUAA